GGUUAAUCUGGUCUCUGCAGCCUACGAGGGAGAGGAUGAAGCCUGGCAGAAGAACUGCAUCGUUCAUACCUCUCCCUGGAGUCCCUGCUCAAAGACCUGCGGGCUGGGCAUCUCCACCAGGAUUUCUAAUGACAACGACCAGUGCCAGCUCCUGAAGGAAAGCCGCCUGUGCAACAUGCGGCCCUGCGAGGUGGAUAUAACCAAGCACAUUAGGCCUGGGAAGAAGUGCUUGGCUGUCUACAGGGCCAACGAACCAAUGAACUACACCAUCUCAGGAUGUGUGAGCAAAAGUCCAUAUAGACCCAAAUAUUGCGGCGUCUGCACAGACAACAGGUGCUGCACACCCUACAAGUCCAAGACUAUUGAAGUGAGGUUUCAGUGUCCAGAUGGAACUGAGUUUUCCUGGAAAAUCAUGUGGAUCAAUGCUUGUUUUUGCAAUCUGAACUGCAAGAAUCCCAACGACAUCUUUGCUGACUUGGCUCAUUACCAUGAUUACUCUGAAAUCGCUAAUUAAAUUGGCUGAAUGCUAGAAUUGACCCAUUGCUCUGAUUUUACAGAGGCUUUAAAAUAAAAGGAGAAUCUUCA